AUGGAUUCCCUCAGCACAGCAGGUGUUGAGUUUUGCCUGGAUGUGCUCAAGGAAUUGAAUAGCAACAGUGCAGGAGAUAACGUCUUCUUUUCCCCACUGAGUCUACUGUAUGCUCUGCAUAUGAUCCUUCUCGGUGCCGGGGGAAACAGCGCAGAGCAAAUCAAAAAGGUGCUUCACUUUAAUCACAUUGCAGAAGCAUCAAAAUCAGAAUUUACAGACUCACUUGAGUGCAGCCAAGCUGGGAGGACUCAUUCAGACUUUGGAGUUUUAAUCUCGCAGAUCAACCAACUAGACUCUAACUAUAUCCUCAGUAUUGCAAACAGACUCUAUGGAACAAAAAAAAUGGCAUUCCAUCAGAAAUAUUUAACCUGUUCUGAGAAAUUGUACCAAACUAGGUUGCAAACAGUUGACUUUGAAAAGUCCACAGAAGAAACGAGGAAAAAGAUUAAUGCUUGGGUUGAAAGCAGAACUAAUGGGAAAGUCACCAACCUCUUUGGAGAGGGCGCGAUUGACCCUUCCUCUGUGCUGGUUCUGGUGAAUGCCGUCUACUUCAAAGGACAAUGGCUCAGCAAAUUCCAGGCAAGGGAGACGGUGAGGGCGCCCUUUCAGCUAGCUGAGGGUAAAAGUGUACUCGUGGAAAUGAUGUACCAGACAGGGAUGUUUAAACUGGCCGUCAUCGAGAGGCCUCAGAUGCAAGUUCUUGAGCUGCCCUAUGUCAACAACAGACUCAGCAUGCUUGUUCUGCUUCCAACAGGCACAACUAAGCUUGAACAGAUAGCAAAGCAGCUGAACGUGCGGACAUUUGAGAAAUGGACAGGCCCUUCCAACAUGGUGGAGAGAGAAGUGGAAGUACAUUUGCCCAGAUUCAAGCUCGACGUCCAGUAUGAGCUCAAUUCCUUGCUGAAGUCCCUGGGAAUGACAGACAUUUUCAACAAGGACAAGGCUGAUCUUUCUGGGAUGUCAUCAGCCAAGGGGCUGUACCUUUCAAAAGUCAUUCACAAAUCCUACGUGGAUGUCAAUGAAGAGGGCACGGAGGCCGCUGCUGCCACUGGGGCCAACAUUGCUGUGAAAAGACUCCCCAUCCGAUACCAGUUCACAGCCAACAAGCCUUUCCUGUUUCUUAUAAGGGACAACCCUUCCAAGAUGAUUGUCUUCUGUGGCAAAUUUGCCUCUCCAUAA